AUGAAAGCCGCCAGAGCAGCUGCAGCAAGAGCUGGAGCAGAGAGCGAGAAGGAGGCUAAAAGGAGGCAGGCUGCGAGGUGGGCUGUAGCGCAGGCAGGAAUCCUGGGCAGCCUGGGCCGCCUCACCCCAAGCAGCGCCAGCACCUCCCGGACAAGUUGCCCCGGCACGCGAAACUGCCAAAGCACAGGCGCCGGGCGCCUGCAGGUCGGGGGCUGGGGACAGACGUGGAAUGUAAAAAGUAUUCUUACAGACUCACAAAGGCAUCAAAAAUUAAUAACAGUAGAGGAAAAUGAAGACUAUCACAUCAUUUUACAGUCCAUGAGAUAUGGACAAAUUUUAAGUGAAAAGUCAUUUCAAACUCGCCCUUUGUCAGCCCAAAAUUUCAGAGUGACACGUGUUACCCCAACAGAAAUAUUUUUACACUGGGAUCCUCCAGAGCCUGUAUUUUUUCAUCAUUACCUUGUUACUGUUUUGGAUGUUGAAAACAAUACAUCAGAAGAGGUGUAUGUUGAGAAACACAACACAGCAACAAUAAUUGGAGAUCUUAAGCCUUUUCAUCAUUAUCUAGUAUAUCUAUUCAGUGUAGCAGAAAGAGGAACUUUAAGUUGCUUGGAAAAACCACUUUCAGUCAUUACAGAGCCAAAACUAGUCUGGAUUCUUAUCCCCUAUGAAAGUCAUAGUACCUCUGUAAUCUCAUUUGUUCAAAUGUCCAAUGUUGGAGUGUUUGAUGGCAUACAUAUUGCAAUUGAAGGAGGGCCAAAUGUCACCAUGCCUUUACACCAUGAUAAUAAAUUAACUGUUGACAAUUUAACCCCAGGUCUGGAAGCACCACUGAAUAUCCAUGAAGACAAAGUUAUAGACUUUUCCAUAGAAAUUCUCUGGAAUCAAGCUGAUGGGAAUUUUCAGCAUUAUGAGAUCACAUGCAUAAACUGUGCUGCUGCUUUCAUGAUAUCCUACUGGCUGCCACCUAGAAAGGAAAAGCUGAUUAAGGUCAUUGUUCAUGGCAACAAAGCCAAAGUAAAAAAUUUGACUCUGGGUGUGUACUACACAUUUCAAGCGAAGACAGUUGAAAGCAAAGAUUACAGUGUAUCUGUUCUGAAAAAAGUGCCUACAAAACUAUCUAGGAUUUAUGGCUUAACCUUGAAAGCUGCAUAUACUUCUUCAAAUUUAAUGUGGAAUACAACAGAGACCAACUUUACUCAUUAUGAGGUUUAUAUAUCAAACAGAACAUUUGCAAAAGAUUAUCUUAUUUGGGAAAUGGUGACUGAACACACAGUUACAGAUGUGACUCCUCGUGGAAUGUAUAACAUCACGAUACACAGAAUAAGAGACAAACUUGGAGGAUCUGGCACGUUUACCAGAGUUGUUGCAGAACCAGAUCAGCCUAGGAAACUUAAAGUCUUCAGUAUUUCCACACAUUCCUUUUCUCUGCACUGGAGACUACCCUCUGGUCAUGUGGAAAGAUAUCAAGUGGAUCUUGUUCCUGACAGUGGCUUUGUUACUAUCAGAGAUCUUGGAGGUGGAGAAUAUCAGGAUGAUGUUUCCAAUGUUGUUUCUGGGACUAGGUACGAUAUAACCAUCUCUUCAAUUUCUGCUACAACAUACAGCUCACCUAUGAGCAGAACAGUGACAACAAAUGUAACAAAACCAGGGCCUCCAGUCUUCCUAGCCGGGGAAAGAGUCGGAUCUGCUGGGAUUCUUCUGUCUUGGAAUACACCACCUAAUCCAAAUGGAAGAAUUAUAUCCUACAUUGUCAAAUAUAAGGAAGUUUGUCCAUGGAUGCAAACAGUAUAUACACAAGUUAGAGCAAAGCCAGACAGUCUGGAAGUUCUUCUUACUAAUCUUAAUCCUGGAACAACAUAUGAAAUUAAGGUUGCUGCUGAAAACAGUGCUGGUAUCGGAGUGUUUAGUGAUCCAUUUCUCUUCCAAACUGCAGAAAGUGCUCCAGGAAAAGUGGUGAAUCUCACAGUUGAGGCCUACAACUCUUCAGCAGUAAACCUGAUUUGGUAUUUACCUCGGCAACCAAAUGGCAAAAUUACCAGCUUCAAGAUUAGUGUCAAACAUGCCAGAAGUGGAAUAGUAGUGAAAGAUGUCUCAAUCAGAGUAGAGGACAUUUUGACUGGGAAAUUGCCAGAAUGCAAUGAGAAUAGUGAAUCUUUUUUAUGGAGUACAGCCAGCCCUUCUCCAGCACUUGGUAGAGUUACACCUCCAUUGCGUACCACGUAUUCAUCAAGCACGAUGGCACAGAAUAAGAUCAGCUCUGUGUGGAAAGAGCCUAUCAGUUUUGUAGUGACUCACUUGAGACCUUAUACGACAUAUCUUUUUGAAGUUUCAGCAGUUACAACUGAAGCAGGUUAUAUUGAUAGUACGAUUGUCAGAACACCGGAAUCAGUACCUGAAGGACCACCACAAAACUGUGUAACAGGCAACAUCACAGGAAAGUCCUUUUCAAUUUUAUGGGACCCACCAACUAUAGUAACAGGGAAAUUUAGUUAUAGAGUUGAACUAUAUGGACCUUCAGGUCGCAUUUUGGAUAACAGCACAAAGGACCUUAAGUAUGCAUUCACUACCCUAACACCAUUUACAAUGUAUGACAUCUAUAUUGCGGCUGAAACCAGUGCAGGGAUUGGACCCAAGUCAAAUCUUUCAGUAUUUACGCCACCAGAUGUUCCAGGGGCAGUGUUUGAUUUACAACUUGCAGAGGUAGAAGCCACACAAGUAAGAAUUACUUGGAAGAAACCACGACAACCAAAUGGAAUUAUUAACCAAUACCGAGUGAAAGUGCUAGUUCCAGAGACAGGAAUAAUAUUGGAAAAUACCUUGCUCACAGGAAAGAAUGAGUAUAUAAAUGACCCUAUGGCUCCAGAAAUUGUGAACAUAGUAGAGCCAAUGGUAGGAUUAUAUGAGGGUUCAGCAGAGAUGUCGUCUGACCUUCACUCACUUGCUACAUUUAUAUAUAACAAUCAUCCAGAUAAUAACUUUCCCGCAAGGAAUAAUGCUGAAGACCAGAAUUCACCAGUUGUAACUACAAGGAAUCAGUAUGUUACUGACAUUGCUGCUGAACAGCUGUCUUAUGUUAUCAGGAGACUUGUACCUUUCACUGAGCACAUGAUUGGUGUAUCUGCUUUCACCAUCAUGGGAGAAGGACCACCAACAGUUCUCAAUGUUAGGACACGUGAACAAGUGCCAAGCUCCAUUAAAAUUAUAAACUAUAAAAAUGUUAGUUCUUCAUCUAUUUUGUUAUAUUGGGAUACUCCAGAAUAUCCCAAUGGAAAGAUAACUCACUAUACGAUUUAUGCAAUGGAACUGGAUACCAAUAGAGCAUUCCAGAUAACUACUAUAGAUAACAACUUUCUCAUAACAGGGUUAAAGAAAUACACAAAAUACAAAAUGAGAGUGGCAGCCUCAACCCAUGUUGGAGAAAGUUCUUUGUCUGAAGAAAAUGACAUAUUUGUGAUAACUCCUGAAGAUGAACCAGAAUCAUCACCUCAAGAUGUAGAAGUAAUUGAUGUUACCGCAAAUGAAAUAACGUUGAAGUGGUCACCGCCUGAAAAGCCCAAUGGAAUCAUUAUUGCUUAUGAGGUGCUAUAUAAAAAUAUAGAUACUUUAUAUAUGAAGAACACAUCAACAACAGACAUAAUUUUAAGAAACUUAAGACCUUACACCCUCUAUAACAUUUCUGUAAGGUCUUAUACCAGAUUUGGUCAUGGCAGUCAGUUGUCUUCUUUACUCUCUGUAAGGACUUCAGAGACUGUGCCUGAUAGUGCACCAGAAAAUAUCACUUACAAAAAUAUUUCUUCUGGAGAGAUUGAGCUAUCAUUCCUUCCCCCAAGUAGUCCCAAUGGAAUCAUACAAAAAUAUACAAUUUAUCUCAAGAGAAGUAAUGGAAAUGAAGAAAGAACUAUAAAUACAACCUCUUUAACCCAAAACAUUAAAGGACUGAAGAAAUAUACCCGAUACAUCAUUGAGGUGUCUGCUAGUACACUCAAAGGUGAAGGAGUUCGGAGUGCGCCCAUAAGUAUACUGACUGAGGAAGAUGCUCCUGAUUCUCCCCCUCAAGACUUCUCUGUAAAACAGUUGUCUGGUGUCACGGUGAAGUUGUCAUGGCAACCACCUCUGGAGCCAAAUGGAAUUAUCCUUUAUUACACAGUUUAUGUCUGGAAUGAAUCAUCAUUAAAGACUACUAAUAUAACUGAAACAUCAUUGGAGUUAUCAGAUUUGGAUUAUGAUGUUGAAUACAGUGCCUAUGUAACAGCUAGCACCAGAUUUGGUGAUGGGAAAACAAGAAGCAAUAUCAUUAACUUUCGAACACCAGAGGGAGCACCAAGUGAUCCUCCCAAAGAUGUUUAUUAUGUAAACCUCAGUUCUUCAUCAAUAAUUCUUUUCUGGACACCUCCUUCAAAACCUAAUGGGAUUAUACAAUAUUACUCUGUUUAUUACAGAAAUACUUCAGGUACUUUCAUGCAGAAUUUUACACUCCAUGAAGUAACCAAUGACUUUGACAAUAUGACUGUAUCUGCAAUAGUAGAUAAACUGGCAAUAUUCAGCUACUAUACAUUUUGGUUAACAGCAAGUACUUCAGUUGGAAAUGGGAAUAAAAGCGGUGACAUAGUUGAAGUAUACACAGAUCAAGACAUACCUGAAGGGCUUGUUGGAAACCUAACUUAUGAAUCCAUUUCGUCAACUGCAAUAAAUGUAAGCUGGGUCCCACCAGCUCAACCAAAUGGUCUAGUCUUCUGCUAUGUUUCACUGAGCUUAGAGCAGGCUCCUCGCCAUGUGAGACCACCUCUGGUUACAUAUGAGAGAAGCAUAUAUUUUGAUCAUCUGGAAAAAUACACUGGUUAUAUUUUAAAAAUUACUCCAUCAACAGAAAAGGGAUUCUCUGAUACCUAUACUGCCCAGCUAUACAUCAAAACUGAAGAAGAUGUCCCAGAAACUUCACCAAUAAUCAACACUUUUAAAAACCUUUCCUCUACCUCAGUUCUCUUAUCAUGGGAUCCCCCAGUAAAGCCAAAUGGUGCAAUAAUAAGUUAUGAUUUAACUUUACAAGGACCAAAUGAAAAUUAUUCUUUCAUUACUUCUGAUAAUUACAUAAUACUGGAAGAGCUUUCACCAUUUACAUUAUAUAGCUUUUUCGCUGCUGCAAGAACUAUAAAAGGACUUGGUCCUUCCAGCAUUCUUUUCUUUUACACAGAUGAGUCAGUGCCUUUAGCACCUCCACAAAAUUUGACUUUAAUCAACUAUACUUCAGACUUUGUAUGGCUGAAAUGGAGCCCAAGUCCUCUUCCAGGCGGUAUUGUUAAAGUAUAUAGUUUUAAAAUUCAUGAACAUGAAACUGACACUAUAUUUUUUAAGAAUAUAUCAGGUUUUCAAACUGAAGCCAAACUUGUUGGACUGGAACCAGUCAGCACCUACUCUAUCAGUGUAUCUGCCUUCACCAAAGUUGGAAAUGGCAAUCAAUUUAGUAAUGUAGUAAAAUUCACAACCCAAGAAUCAGUUCCAGAUGUUGUGCAGAAUAUGCAGUGUAUGGCAACUAGCUGGCAGUCAGUUUUAGUGAAAUGGGAUCCACCCAAAAAGGCAAAUGGAAUAAUUACGCAUUAUAUGAUAACAGCUGAAAGAAAUUCUACAAAAGUCUCUCCCCAAGAUCAUGUUUAUACUUUCAUAAAACUUCUUGCUGAUACCUCAUAUGUCUUUAAAAUAAGAGCUUCAACCUCCGCUGGUGAAGGUGAUGAAAGAACAUGCCACAUCAGCACACUACCUGAAACAGUUCCCAGUGUUCCCACAAAUAUUGCUUUUUCUGAUGUUCAGUCAACUAGUGCAACAUUGACAUGGAUAAGACCUGAUGCUAUCUUUGGCUACUUUCAAAAUUACAAAAUUACCACUCAACUUCGUGCUCAAAAAUGCAAAGAAUGGGAAUCCGAAGAAUGUGUUGAAUAUCAAAAAAUUCAAUACCUCUAUGAAGCUAACUUAACUGAAGAGACAGUAUAUGGAUUAAAGAAAUUUAGAUGGUAUAGAUUCCAAGUGGCUGCCAGCACCAAUGCUGGCUAUGGCAAUGCUUCAAACUGGAUUUCUACACAAACUCUUCCUGGCCCUCCAGAUGGUCCUCCUGAAAAUAUUCAUGUAGUAGCAACAUCACCUUUUAGCAUCAGCAUAAGCUGGAGUGAACCUGCUGUCAUUACUGGACCAACAUAUUAUCUGAUUGAUGUCAAAUCGGUAGAUAAUGAUGAAUUUAAUAUAUCCUUCAUCAAGUCAAAUGAAGAAAAUAAAACCAUAGAAAUUAAAGAUUUAGAAAUAUUCACAAGAUAUUCCGUAGUGAUCACUGCGUUUACUGGGAACAUAAGUGCUGCAUAUGAAGAAGGGAAGUCAAGUGCUGAAGUGAUUGUUACUACUUUAGAAUCAGCCCCAAAGGACCCACCUAACAACGUGACAUUUCAGAAGAUACCAGAUGAAGUUACAAAAUUUCAAUUAACAUUCCUUCCUCCUUCUCAACCUAAUGGAAAUAUCCAAGUUUAUCAAGCUCUGGUUUACCGAGAAGAUGAUCCUACUGCCAUCCAGAUUCACAACCUCAGUAUUAUACAGAAAACCAACACGUCUGUCACUGCAAUGCUAGAAGGACUAAAAGGUGGACAUACAUACAAUAUCAGUGUUUAUGCAGUCAAUAGUGCUGGUGCAGGCCCAAAGUUUCCAAUGAGAAUAACCAUGGAUAUCAAAGCUCCAGCACGACCAAAAAGCAAACCAACCCCUAUUUAUGAUGCCACAGGAAAACUGCUUGUAACUUCAACAACAAUUACAAUCAGAAUGCCAAUAUGUUACUACAGUGAUGAUCAUGGACCAAUAAAAAAUGUACAAGUGCUUGUGGCAGAAACAGGAGCUCAGAAUGAUGGAAAUGUAACGAAGUGGUAUGACGCAUAUUUUAAUAAAGCAAGACCAUAUUUUACAAAUGAGGGAUUUCCUAACCCUCCAUGUACAGAAGGAAAGACAAAGUUUAGUGGUAAUGAAGAAAUCUACAUCAUAGGUGCUGAUCAUGCAUGCAUGAUUCCAGGCAAUGAAGACAAAAUUUGCAAUGGACCACUGAAACCAAAAAAGCAAUAUUUAUUUAAAUUUAGAGCUACAAAUGUUAUGGGACAAUUUACUGACUCUGAUUAUUCUGAUCCUGUUAAGACUUUAGGGGAAGGACUUUCAGAAAGAACUGUAGAGAUCAUUCUCUCCGUCACUUUGUGUAUUCUUUCAAUAAUUCUUCUUGGAACAGCUAUUUUUGCGUUUGCAAGAAUUCGACAGAAGCAGAAAGAAGGUGGUACAUACUCUCCUCGAGAUGCAGAAAUUAUUGACACUAAAUUCAAGCUGGAUCAGCUCAUUACAGUGGCAGACCUGGAACUGAAGGACGAGAGAUUAACGCGGUUACUUAGUUAUAGGAAAUCCAUCAAGCCAAUAAGCAAGAAAUCCUUCCUGCAACAUGUUGAAGAGCUCUGCACAAACAACAACCUAAAGUUUCAAGAAGAAUUUUCGGAAUUACCAAAAUUUCUUCAGGAUCUUUCUUCAACUGAUGCUGAUCUGCCUUGGAAUAGAGCAAAAAACCGCUUCCCAAACAUAAAACCAUAUAAUAAUAACAGAGUAAAGCUGAUAGCUGAUGCUGGUGUUCCAGGUUCAGAUUAUAUUAAUGCCAGCUAUAUUUCUGGCUAUUUAUGUCCAAAUGAAUUUAUUGCUACUCAAGGUCCACUACCAGGAACAGUUGGAGAUUUUUGGAGAAUGGUGUGGGAAACCAGAGCAAAAACAUUAGUAAUGCUAACACAGUGUUUUGAAAAAGGACGGAUCAGAUGCCAUCAGUAUUGGCCAGAGGACAACAAGCCAGUUACCGUCUUUGGAGAUAUAGUGAUUACAAAGCUAAUGGAGGAUGUUCAAAUAAAUUGGACUAUCAGGGAUCUGAAAAUUGAAAGGCAUGGGGAUUACAUGACUGUUCGACAGUGUAACUUUACUGCCUGGCCAGAGCAUGGGGUUCCUGAGAACAGUGCCCCUCUAAUUCACUUUGUGAAGUUGGUUCGAGCAAGCAGAGCACAUGACACCACACCUAUGAUUGUUCACUGCAGUGCCGGAGUUGGAAGAACUGGAGUUUUUAUUGCUCUGGACCAUUUAACACAACAUAUAAAUGACCAUGAUUUUGUGGAUAUAUAUGGACUAGUAGCUGAACUGAGAAGUGAAAGAAUGUGCAUGGUGCAGAAUCUGGCACAGUAUAUCUUUUUACACCAGUGCAUUCUGGAUCUCUUAUCAAAUAAGGGAAGUAAUCAGCCCAUCUGUUUUGUUAACUAUUCAGCACUUCAGAAGAUGGACUCUUUGGAUGCCAUGGAAGGUGAUGUUGAACUUGAAUGGGAAGAAACCACUAUGUAAAUAUUCAGAUCAAAGGAUACAAUUGGAAGAUAUUUUUAAAUUCCAGGGGCCAAAGUUACCCCCUCAUUCUUCUGGAUUAAAAUGGGCAAACUUAAAGAAAUAUCGAAGCUUCCCUAACUGUGCCUUUCCAAGUGGAUUGAACAUUUUAAGACUAGUUCUAGAAAAUAGCUAAUUCAGAAUAAUUAUUUGUUUUGUACAGAAUAAAUAUUAUGCAUUUUAAAUGCUUAAGAAAAGACAUCCCAUAUGUUUUUGAAGUCCUUCAUAUUUUGGAACAAGCCAAAUGAAAAUUAUUGUAUUAGCAUUAAUGUUUCAAUGUGAAUUUUCCCUAUGUGUUGGAUUUAAUUUUGAACAAAAGUUAUAAAUGUUGAUUCAGUAGUGUUGUUUUGGCUUCCAGGGUGUUGACGUUUCUUGUGGAUAAUUUCCAGGACUGUCAUAAUGAUCUGUACUUCCAUGUACGCCCUUGUGUUUUGAAUCCUCUGUUUUAUGAGUGCUGAGAUAUCAUCUCAUGAUCCCGAACAGCUGAACAGUAACCCCCUGACACUGCAGGGAUUACUUAGCUUUUAUACAACACACAGUAGCUCUUCAGGGACACUUAGGGCUAUUUAAUUUGCAUUGUGAUCUUCAGUUUGAAAAAUUAAAAAGAAAAAUUAAAAGUGCAAUUGCACACAUGCAGUUACAAAGUACCAUUCUAGCUGACCUACAUUUGUAAACUUUCAGGCACAAGUUUUACCCCUGUAUUGUGUAUUCAAAUAUAUAGUUAAAUGUAUUAGAGUAUUCACCCAUUAGAUAUCUAUGCAACCUAAUAUUAACAAUUCUGAAGAAUUUUUUUCAGCAAAAAUGUAUCAAAAGAGUAAUAAGAACACAUAGUGUGUUGCAAGCUUGUAAACCAAUGAUGUGCUGCUGUAGUGCCAACAGAGACUUCCAAAUGGAUUAUAUUAAAUGGCCUUCAUUUCAUUUUCCAAGGUUGAUUAUUGAGCAGUAUACUUGGUGGAACUGAAAACAAAUUAACCAUGUGUAGCAAAUUCGAGAUUGCCUUAAAGAAAAUCUUUCAGCCUCCAUCUUAUUAAAUAGUGACCAUGUACUAAGUUUUGAAUUAUAUGAAGUUAUUUUGUCAUAGAUUUCAAUUAACAGUAAUAGAAAUAAAUAGUGUUAAUUAUUCUCUCUAUGGUAAGAAUUAUAUCUUAUGCUUAUUUCUGCUGAAUA